CAGCUCUCCGAAUGUCCAGAAGCUUUUGAACUCUCUUAAUGCUGGUAAUGCUCUUAAGUUGCAUAGCUAAUAUUGCUGAUGCUCAGAGAAACUCUGCACAACACUGCCGCUCACCCAACUGUAGAAGACAGAGUCAUCCAAGCAAGCCUCAAGGAAGAAAUAAAGAUUUCCAGGGCUUAAAUAAAAGUAAUCAGUUAAGAGAUCUUCCUGAGAAUAAAAAUGCAACUACUAGCAAUGUUAGAAGACUUAUAGAAAACUUGGAUAAUAAAUCUGAGUUUGACGUCCAGACUUCAAGAGUUGCUUAUGUUACAAAUGAUGGUAGAACAAGAGCUCAUAGAAACUCUCACGUUGCUGGUGACUGGACGGAUCAUUCUUCUAAGCGUGACGAUGAAGGAUCUAUUAUUCAUGUUCCAGUUGAUUCGCAUGCAGAUUCUGAAGCUAAAUCAGAGGAAAAUCAAAGCGAAACCUCUCAUAAAGUUGUAACUCAAGAAGAAAAUUUUGAUUUGUAUUCUCAUAGUAAUGAAGAGGACUCAGCUAUAGAAAAUUCGAGGGAAAUAAUUUUAGAGAGAGUCUCUGAUAUUAAGCGCAACGAACAUGCUCCCAAUCAACAUCACCCUACUGAUCAAUAUGUUGUUCGUCCAGCUAUUCAGUAUGUCACAGAGAGAUAUGCUUCAGAAGAUGAGCCACAGAGCCAUAGUAAUAGUGCUGCGGCUCAUGAAUCUGUGCAAAAUCAUCAUGAGCAUCGUGGAGUUGCUGAUCAUAUGAGAAGAGUUAUUGUCGAAGAGCUACCGAAUCAGAGAACUUCAAGAGUUGUUAUUGGAGAACCACUUCCUCCUUUGAAAAGAAAAAUUAUCGUUGAAGAGCCUAAUAAAGUUCAUGAAAAUGAUGCUGUUGAUGAGCCAGUUAAAAUUAUUACAGAAGAAGGUUCAAGAAACACAGCAGCUGGCAGAAGACACGAUCAGCAUAUGAGGCAUUCUUCAAAUGCUCAAGGAAAUGGAUCGGAAGCAACUUAUAUUCAUGAUAUUGAUAUUGCGGGAAGCGGAUCUAACUCAGAUGCAACAUUAGGACCAGCCCCAAUCCAAUUCGCGCAAGAUGCAGAAGCUGGCUUAAAAAAUACAGGAGGAUUUCUAUGGUGGCUAAUACCAAUAAUUAUCUUUGGGCUCAUUUCUAUCGGAAUUUUAUUGUGGUGAAUCCUUAGUAAAGAUAAAGAAGAGCAAAGUGAGGAGCAAAUCGUAGCUAGACGUAAAAGUUACAUCAUUCAAAAACAAACUAAGGAAAAUGAUGAAAAAGAAAUAGAUGCUGAAAUCACAAGACAGCUUGAUCAAAGAAAAAGAUCUAGAGGGUCUUCAGGAGUAGUGAAAGCAUCAGCUCAAGAAGAGUUGAAGGCAGCAGUCAAACAGGAAGGAAUAACCUCUAGCGUAAAUGCUGCCAAUGCUGCUACCUCCAAUGUGGGUACAACUAAAGCUGCUGCCAAUAAUGAAGAUACCUCAAAAGUAGGAGCCUCUGAGGUCCAAAAUGCAGGAGCCAAAGCCGAUGCACCUCCUUCAGACGGUAAAGGUACAUCCAAAAAAAUCACUAUGGUUAGAAGAAGAGGAAAAAUAGUUGCUGAAAAACACGAAAUUCUGGACGAAAAUGGCAAAGUUAUCAAGACUCAUAUCCAAAAAAUCACUGAAGAUGGCUCUUAAUCCUAAUUCUAUUUUUUCAAGUUGA